AUGCGAAGAACAAUAGAUCAGUGUCCUGCCGAUAUCAUUCUAGCACCAUCAGGACACUCUUUGACCGAUCUCGAGUACGCUGACGAUGCUGUUAUAUUUGCGGAAAGCAGUACGAAACUUCAACAUGUUGUCAACCUUGUGUCGAAGCUGGCUGCACCCUAUGGACUACGUCUACGCCCUGAUAAAUGCAAGCAGAUGUGGAUCUCUUCGAGACCUCGAACGGGAAUUAGCGUGGACGGACAACCGAUAGAACUCGUCGAUGAGUUCUGUUACCUGGGCUGUACGCUGAAGAACAACAGCAGCUACGAGAGAGAUGUUCAGCAAAGAUGCGCUAAGACCACUUCUUCAUUUAACUCCUUAACAAAAUGCCUGUGA